ACCGGCCACGAGGGAUGAGAAAGGGAGUGGUCAAACAGAAAUGACCACUUAAUUUCCUAUUCUCUGAUAACCUCUCUUUCUCAAUCUAUCUAUCUAUCUAUCUAUCUAUCAAUUCAUCUUCAGAAAACUUAUUUUGAUUCAAUUUAGAUAUCGUGAACAAACAAAAAUUUGUGGAAAUGAGCAGCCAGACGGUGCCUCCGGCGUCAACAACCCGCCGGGAUUCUCAAAAAAGAAGAUCAAAUAGCACUAAGAAGUCUCAUUCCUUCAACCAUGCCAAGCCCAUGUCUCCUUCUUCCAUCCCUGGUGAGAGGACGGUGAAAAAGCUGAGGUUAUCCAAAGCCCUCACCAUCCCGGAAGGAACCACCGUGUCUGAGGCUUGUAGGCGGAUGGCAGCCCGUCGUGUCAAUGCUGUGUUGCUCACCGAUUCUAAUGCCUUACUCUCCGGGAUCGUUACUGACAAGGACGUUGCCACUAGAGUAAUAGGGGAAGGGUUGAAGCCAGAGCAGACAGUUGUAUCUAAGAUCAUGACGCCUAGUCCAAUUUUUGUUUCGGCAGACUCUUUGGCCAUUGAGGCACUUCAGAAGAUGGUUCAAGGAAAAUUCAGGCAUCUCCCUGUUGUGGAAAAUGGUGAAGUCAUUGCCAUGUUGGAUAUUACAAAAUGCCUUUAUGAUGCUAUCUCAAGAAUGGAGAAGGCUGUUGAGCAAGGAAAUGCAAUUGCCUCUUCAGUGGACCAAAAUGGAAGUAAAGGUUCUGCAUCACAUGCCUUCAUGGAAACUUUGAGGGAGCGGAUGUUCAAGCCAUCCUUGUCUAGUAUCAUUGCUGAAAAUUCAGAUGUUGCAGUUGUUUCAUCAUCAGACCCUGUCUGUGUUGCUGCAAAAAAGAUGAGGGACUUGCGGGUUAAUUCAGUUGUUACAGUUACAGGGAACAAAAUUCAGGGGAUACUAACUUCAAAGGAUAUCCUUAUGCGAGUUGUGGCACAAAACCUGUCUCCUGAACUUACUCCGGUGGAAAAGGUGAUGACACCCAACCCUGAAUGUGUGACAGUAGAAACAACAAUCCUUGACGCACUGCAUUUAAUGCAUGAUGGAAAGUUUUUACAUCUUCCUGUUCUAGACAAAGAUGGAAAUGUUGCUGCUUGUUUGGAUGUUCUGGAUAUAACUCAUGCAGCAAUUUCUAUGGUUGAAAGUAGCUCUGGAGUUGCUCUUAAUGAAGUGUCAAGCACAAUGAUGCAAAAAUUCUGGGAUUCUGCCCUUGCUUUAGAUCCGCCAGGUGAUUAUGACACACACAGUGAAAUGUCUGCAGUCAUGGCAUUGGAUGGUGCAGAUGCUGGAAAACUAUCACCCCAUCAUUCCCUUGGCCACGGGAACUCAUUUUCUUUCAAAUUUGAGGAUCUUAAGGGUCGUCUACAUCGAUUCAGUUUUGGUACUGAGAAUUUAAACGAGCUUUUAUCAGCUGUAAUGCAAAGAACUGCUUCCAGUAAUGAUAAUAGACAUCCUCAGCUUUUGUAUAAAGAUGAUGAAGGUGACAAGGUUCUACUUACCAAUGAUACUGAUCUUGUUGCUGCGGUUAACAGUGCUAGAUCCAUAGGAAAGAAGGUGUUAAGAUUGCAUCUGGAUUUUUCCGAGUCAGCUGAGCAAUUACAAUCAGAACCAAUUGCAAGUGCCAAGAGAAGCAGCGCAGGGGUACCUUUGCACUUGGGUUUAUUGGCAGGUACUGUUGUCCUGACCAGCAUCGGCGUACUUGUCUACUUAAAGCGUUCAGAAUUGUGAGGUUAUGCUAAUUUAUCUGCCAACAACAACAUAAUAUGAAUCGUAGCAUUGAUUAAUUAGGCAAGGCAAUGAAAGUUAAUCGGGGGUAGAAGGUACGAACUUAAGUUCUUUAUACAGUCCACAGAAAUCAUUUUUGUUCCACUUGUAUGUAACUCAGAAUCUAUGAAGGAAAAGCACUUGUUAGGGUAUUUGAGCAUCAUUGUAUACUAUUUUGACAUUCUUUCAGUGACUCAAUGAAGCACUGCCAUGUACAUAUGUAUGGAUGUUUAAGUAUUCCAUGCUUGAGUUAUCUGAGGGCAAAUUCUGAAA